ACUACCAAUGAGGAACUACAGCGUUUGAUUGUUUAGCAUGCGAUCAUGUGACAGUAUGUUUUAGUGUAAUGAAGCUAUUUUUAAUUUCACCAAAGGAAACAUGUGUCCUCAUUAAGUGUUUAUGGAGGAGGAGAUGUUGAUGGCCGGGGAGAGUCAUGUUGAUCAUUAAUUCGGUGCUUAAACUGCUGCAGCGGCAGACAUACACCUGUCUGUCUCAUCGCUAUGGACUGUACCUGUGCUUCGGAGGACUAGUCCUCAUGAUAGUGUCUGCUUUUCAGUUUGGAGAGGUUGUGGUAGAGUGGAGUCGAGAUCAGUACCAUGUCUUGUUUGAUUCCUACAGAGAUAAUGUUGCAGGAAAGUCCUUUCAGACAAGGCUUUGCCUACCGAUGCCCAUUGAUGUGGUUUACACCUGGGUAAACGGCACAGACACAGACCUGCUGAAGGAUCUUCGUGCUGUGAGACAGCAGUUGGAAGACGAACAGAAGGCCUUGAGGGAGCGUCUUGGAAAAAAUGCAUCUGAAAUAACUGAAGCUCCUAAGGGAAGGCCAGAAUGUCUGCUGUCUCACUGCAUCAUGGGUCCUGUGCUGGUGCUGGACCCAUCCCUUCCUGCCAACAUCACAUUGAAGGAGCUGCCAACACUUUCAGUAGCAUUCUCCACUGCAAAACAACUCUUACAGGUGUCCAAACCUCUCCACCCCUCCUCAAGCGUGUCUGUUCUUCUCUUCCACUCCCACAGUGAAGCUGAAAAAGCCCAUACAGAUGCUUUGAAGGAUGCAUUGACACACUCCAUCAACAGAGGUUAUCUGACGACUGAUAAAGAGGCUCCGGGGCUGGUCCGCAUGCAAACUCUGGCCUACUUGAGCGGGUUCCCAGCGUCACUGAAGGAAACUGAGCAGCUCAGGGUCAAACUACCAGCUGUGGUGACCAGUAAAAUCAAACAGUUGCAGCUGUACUCGGAGGCCAGUAUUGCUCUUCUCCACCUAAACACAGUGCAGGAUUUUACUGACCUCACCCAGCAGGCCAAGAAGAACCUGACGUUGGAAGGAAAAGAGCUCACAGUCAGUCCGGCAUACCUGUUCUGGGACCUUAGCGCCAUCUCACAGUCUAAACAGGAUGAGGAUGUUUCUGCCAGUCGCUUUGAAGACAAUGAGGAGCUGCGUUAUUCACUACGUUCUAUUGAAAAACACGCACCAUGGGUGCGGCACAUCUUUAUCAUAACCAAUGGACAGAUACCGUCUUGGCUAAACCUAGAUAACCCACGUGUUUCAGUGGUUACUCACCAGGACAUUUUUCAGAACCAGACCCACCUGCCUACAUUCAGUUCUCCUGCCAUAGAGACUCACAUUCACCGAAUCCCAGGACUCUCUCAAAAGUUCAUCUACCUCAAUGAUGAUGUCAUGUUUGGCAAGGAUGUGUGGCCUGAUGACUUCUACAGCCACUCUAAAGGUCAAAAGGUGUAUCUCACCUGGCCUGUACCAAACUGUGCUGAGGGCUGCCCAGGCUCCUGGAUCAAAGACGGCUACUGUGACAAGGCCUGCAACAACUCUGCAUGUGAUUGGGAUGGAGGAGACUGUCAAGGCACUGCAGGCAGCAGUCGUUUUGGAGGAGUGGGCGGUGCUGUGAUUGGAGGCGGGCAGCCUUGGCAGUUCGGCGGUGGUCUCGGAGGAUUGGGGGGCAUGUCCUUUUGUAACCAAGGCUGUGCUAACUCUUGGUUGGCUGAUAAAUUCUGUGACCAGGCGUGCAACGUUCUUGCAUGUGGGUUCGAUGUCGGCGACUGCGGACAAGAUAACUUCAACCAAUUGCACCGUGUCGUCCUUCGGAGGAACCAAACGCUUUACACCCUGCCUCAGGGAGAGCUCCGACCGUAUUUUAGCUUCUCAAGCCUGGCUAACCGCGUGUCCGAAGCACAGGUCGCUGAUAACCCAGCGCUCCGUCACACUUCUGUCGCCAACAAAUGGAAGACCAUCCACCUGCUGCUGCUGCCCGGACACAAUGCCACUCAGAUCCACUACAACAUCACCUUUCAGAGUGCCAAUAACCACGACUUCACCAUGACUUUCUCUGUAGCCGUGGAUACCAGAGAGCUCCCCAAAUCAAACAUAUCCGAUCCGGUGCAGAAGAAAGACGAGGAGCCCAAACUGACCGUGGUGACCCCAGAACCAGUGGUCAUGUUUGAAAAGGUUCCCAAAGAAAAACAAGGCCCAAGAGUUAGAGAGAAAGCCCAUGGCGGUGUAGAGAUUGUACAGGUGCCUGCGUUAAAUGAAUCCCUUUUGCCUGAGGAAGUGAAGCUUGAGUUACAGAAGCUGAACGAGAAGCUAAUAUUAGGUGACAUUACUAUUAAAGGCUUUAAUUUGACCAAAGCAGUGCUGCUGGGGCCGUACAAAGACAAAGCUAAGCUUUUACUAAACAAUAAAGACUCUGAAAAACAAGACCAGGACAUACAAGCAAAACACUCGAAUGAAGACCCGAAGCCUCCUGUAAUCAGUCAACAUCAGGAUGAAAGAGCAGUGAGGGUGAAACGAGCAAAUGAAGAUGAGGAAAGAAACAAACACUCUGAAUUGGAACCAGGUGUUGCUCUGUCUCUUGUCCCAGUUCAGAUUGAUGGUGUUACACCGAAGGCUCAAUCAAGAUUGUUUGGCAUAGAGAAACCCCUCGCAUCUAAGCUUCUCAGCACCCUGAUGGGGAACUUGUCUAAAGAGAGAGAUUCAGAAAAUGAAGCCCAUCUCCGCGGGCGGCCAGUGGGUCGUAAACGCCAGUAUUACAUCUCCAGCUUGGACCGGGGUUUCCUUCCAUGGGAGAAGAGGAAGUUCUUUCAGGAUCUGCUGGAGUCUUCUUUUGGCAUUAACUGGAGGAAUGGGAACGGUAACAAUGAAGACCCUCUGCUUGUAAACAGCUUUGUGACAAGUGAUAAAACUUGUUUUGAGGGAAACCUGAUCGCAAACUCAUCAUCGCAGGAGUUUGGCUGCAUGCUGGCAGUCACAUGGCUGUGGUGUGUCUCUAGAACCUUCUGA